AUGCCUGCACAAUUUACUAAUUUAAAUUAUAUUGGAGCGUUAUCAUCAUCAUCAUCAUCAUCAUCAUCAUCAUCAUCAUCAUCAUCAUCAUCAUCAUCAUCAUCAUCAUCAUCAUCAUCAUCAUCAUCAUCAUCAUCAUCAUCAUCAUCAUCAUCAUCAUCAUCAUCAUCAUCAUCAUCAUCAUCAUCAUCAUCAUCAUCAUCAUCAUCAUCAUCAUCAUCAUCAUCAUCAUCAUCAUCAUCAUCAUCAUCAUCAUCAUCAUCAUCAUCAUCAUCAUCAUCAUCAUCAUCAUCAUCAUCAUCAUCAUCAUCAUCAUCAUCAUCAUCAUCAUCAUCAUCAUCAUCAUCAUCAUCAUCAUCAUCAUCAUCAUCAUCAUCAUCAUCAUCAUCAUCAUCAUCAUCAUCAUCAUCAUCAUCAUCAUCAUCAUCAUCAUCAUCAUCAUCAUCAUCAUCAUCAUCAUCAUCAUCAUCAUCAUCAUCCUUAUCAUCACGUUAAUAAAAUGAGUCAACUUUAUAUAAAUUGAGAUACACGUAUAGAAAAUGUAUAUACAUUCACAUAAUUAUGUUAUAAGUCAUUUUCCUUACUAAACUAAUCGAUUUUCAUGUUUAAAUAUUGAUAUUUUAUAUACCUUAUGAAGAUGGGUUUUUUUUAAAUAAAAUAAUAAUGACGUUUAUUUUAACCGAAACCG